ACCCUGGGGUUUUUACAUCCCCUUCUCCGCCUCACUAGUCACUACCUAGUGCUAUAGUAACGAACCAUAACACCGCAUCGCAAACUCCAUUCAUCACUCGGGAAAAAAGAUCUUUUCUUCUCCCUCAGACAUGGACGCCGCUAAGCUGAAUCAAUUGAAGCAAUUCGUUGAACAGUGCAAGUCCGACCCUUCUAUUCUCUCCGAUCCUUCCCUCGCCUUCUUCCGCGACUACAUCGAGAGUAUUGGCGGAAAGCUUCCUCCGUCUGCUUACAAGCCGGGAGAGUAUAAAGCGAAGUCUCAUGUGGUAGAAGAAAGUGAUGAGGAAAUGGGUGACUCCGGGAGUGAGGCUCAUCCAACAGGAACUACUGAAGAAGAGGAGCCUGAGAUAAUAGAAUCUGAUGUUGAGCUUGAUGAGAGUGGCGUUGUGGAGUCUGACAAUGAUCCUCCACAGCAGAUGGGAGAUCCUUCAGUGGAGGUUACAGAGGAAAAUCGUGACUCUUCUCAAGAGGCAAAAGCUCAGGCCAUGGAAGCACUUUCUGAAGGUAAGUUUGAUGAAGCAAUUGAUAAUCUCACGAAAGCAAUAGUACUCAACCCUACGUCUGCUAUUAUGUAUGCUACUAGAGCCAGUGUGUAUAUCAAAAUGAAAAAGCCCAAUGCUGCCAUCCGAGAUGCAAGUGCAGCUUUAGAGAUUAAUCCUGAUUCUGCCAAAGGGUAUAAAUCACGUGGUAUUGCACGAGCUAUGUUAGGACAAUGGGAAGAGGCUGCAAAAGAUCUCCACACAGCUUCAAAGCUGGACUAUGAUGAAGAGAUAAGUUCUGUACUUAAAAAGGUUGAACCCAAUGCACACAAAAUUGAAGAGCACCGAAGGAAGUAUGAUAGGCUGCGUAAAGAAAGAGAAGAUAGAAAAAAUGAGCGUGAGAGGCAACGUAGAAAAGCCGAGGCUCAGGCUGCUUAUGAAAGAGCAAAGAAACAAGAGCAGUCCUCAUCAAGUAGGAGAAGUGGUGGCAUGCCAGGAGGGUUUCCUGCUGGUAUGGGUGGUGGCAUGCCAGGUGGUUUCCCUGCUGGUAUGGGUGGUGGCAUGCCAGGUGGUUUCCCUGCUGGUAUGGGUGGUGGGAUGCCUGGUGGCUUCCCUGCUGGUAUGGGUGGUGGGAUGCCUGGUGGAAUGCCAGGAGGCAUGCCUGGAGGGAUGCCAGGAAAUAUUGAUUACAGCAAAAUACUCAAUGACCCUGAACUAAUGGCUGCUUUUAAAGAUCCAGAAGUUAUGACUGCUCUUCAAGAUGUGAUGAAGAACCCUGCUAAUCUAGCCAAGCACCAAUCAAAUCCCAAGUUGGCUCCGGUCAUUGCAAAAAUGAUGAGCAAGUUUGGUGGACAAAACUAACCAAAGUAACAACAGUAUAUGGGUUUGAAUGUUUUUAUUCUGGUACAGUUUGGUUGGGCUUUGUUGCAUUCUAUGUUUUUUGAUCUACUUUAUUAAAACAUGCACUGAUUUCUUAUGAACAUACAACUUUUAUUUCAUCCUGAAGGUUUUCCGCAGUUUGAUGUUUUAAAAUAUUUUUGUGCAACUAUGAUGGACAUUGUCAGCAUAUAUUUCCUUAAGAUUACUUUUGGUUUCCUUUA